AUGCUCAGACAUCAAACAAUAACAGGCAUACCAGUGGCAAAAGUUUUUGACAACUCAAAAAAAUGUACCGACAAUCUGAAAGGCCACGUCAGCAAUCCAAGACGAUGUGCCAAGUUUAUGGCAUUCAUCAAACACCGACUCGCUUGUUUGGAUGAAGGUGUGGCGCGCGGGCUUAUGCCAAUCGCGAGGGGGCUGAAACGGAACUCAGUUUUUGGGAAUCUAUCUUCCAUUCCAUGAAACUUUUAUUCGUCUCCUGCUGAAGAAAUUCUAGCUAGUUCUACACGACUUCUUGAAGUCCGGAGGACGGCGUCACGUCCAUGGCCCAUGUUCGAUACCCAGGAAAGACAGCUGUUGACGUGGCCAAUAACUUUUCGGUGGCGCUUGGACGACCAAUAUGUGUCAACGGGACUCCAUGGAUUCUCUUCUUAUUCGAAGAAUGUGUCGAAAACAAAUGGGAGUAUUGGAGUGUGGUCAUCGGUCUCAUCUCAAUGCUAUGUUUCUUAUUGUCAACUUUACCACAAGUCUAUGAGGCAUAUAAGAGUGGGAAAGUAGACGAGGCCAUGUCAGUCGGCUUCCUUCUCUUUUUAUUCAGUGGAGACUUGAGCAAUUUUGCUGGGUGCUAUCUAACCAGACAACUACCUAUUCAGAUUGUCACUGCAGUGUUCUACAUCUACACAGACUCCAUCCUGAUAUCCCAGUUCCUCUACUACAAAAUAAAGAACAAAUCUGUUCACACCAAGCCCCUAUUGAAGUGGGUGUGCCUGGUGUGGUUUGGAGCUGGCACUGCUGUAUGUGUGGUGCUCCCCAAGCUGGUAGAAGAGCUCCGGGCCAUCCCCAAUUCACAAUUGCAGGCCAAGUCCAGCAGUUUGAUGACAUCAGGCUACGUCUGUGGCUACCUGUCCUCUGUAUGCUACCUGUCCUCCCGUUUCCCGCAGCUCUACAUAAACUUUAAGAGGCAGUCUACGGAGGGCACGUCCUACCUGCUGUUCUUCCUGGCCAUGCUGGGUAAUGGCACGUAUGGGCUGAGCCUGAUGGCCAUGCUGCCGGCCCUCAAGGGCUCCAAGAGCACCUUCAUCCUCAACCACCUGGCCUGGCUCAUCGGCAGCCUCGGGGUUCUCUUCCUCGACUUUUUCGUAACAGCUCAGUUUAUCAUGUACAGAAAGAACGUCUCCUCCAGCAAUGUGGCGAUGGAUUUGAAAUUCACAGAAGAAGAACCUCUGUUGUUUGAAGAGGAGGAAGAGGAGGAGGAAGAGUUAUGAAGGGUUGCUGAAGGUGACUGACAAUUCAGCAAGGAGUACUGUAAAAGUUCUCAAAACAUUCCAGGCAGUUGACUAAAGUGAUGGGGGGGGCAAUGGAAUAGAUGUGUGCAUAGCUGUUCUUGAGUAUCUUGAUUAUCAGCAACUUUCAAGGUGUUGCGCCACUAGGAGGGAGCAGCCUGGCUAGUUCUCGAGGACAUAUGCUGCUGUGUGGAACCAGAGUUUAGAGUAUAGAUCAAGUGUUUGAUAAUUGUUUUCUUUUAUUUAAUUAGUAUGACAAUGAUGUGUGGCAGAUGGAACCUGGUCUUGUGUGAGUUUGAGUUUGUUCGAUUGUCACUAUAUUGCCCUCCAUGCCAUCGGAUUGUAAUGGGUUUCUUGUAGCCUGGGAACUCUCCCAUACUACCUUUAGUUCUGCACAAUCGUUCCGAUCUCACUUAUGAUUAGGUCUGGUGGUAACCAGGCAAGGUUGCUUGUGUUCUAGCUCUAGAACGUCUGGUGGAGUGCGUUGCAUACCUGACUCAGCUGUAUCAGCCACAUUGGUAUGAGUUACUGAGUUAUGUUUUACAAGAGGCCAUCUGUUUCGCAACAGACAUCUGUGUUGACACGCACACGGGCCCUUCAAGUAGAGAAGGGCUUCAUUUUCUAGCCACGUUUAUUUACCCCUGCUGUUGUGGGCCGAAGCUUCCUCAAACUGUUAGUCAUUUUGCAAUUGAGUGUGAUUCUUACAGGCAAACCCAAGUCUCACUCAUAGGGCUUUGCUUUAAAUAAAUAACAAGAGAUCCUUAUCCAGGCAGAGACUUCAUGAAUUGAACCACAGAGGCAACUAUUUCCAGAUGACUAAUCCAGCUGUCUGCUGUUCAUGUCUUAUGCGAGUGGCAGACCUGAUGUCAGCAAUACCAGCUUGACCUUGAGGGCCCUUUUCUCUAAUUACAUCAUGUUUGUGCAUGCACAUUUCAUGUAGUCUUAUUAACCCAUUUUGUCCUAAGCGCCUUUUGAGAAAGGGUGCCCUUUGCCUAAAUAUCUCAGCCUCCAAAGCGCAUACAAACAUGAAAUGAGUUGUAUUUAAAAGCUAGGACCCUCGUUUUGCCUUAGAAUGUGUUCAUUCAGCUCUAACUUACCCACAUUUUAAUAAAACAGCUCAAAUCUCAAGAACCUGAAUGCACCGUAUGUGUCUCCAGGACACAAUGGGUUAAAAUAGACUUUUCUGAAAUACUAUUUAACUGGCGAAAGACAGCUCAUCAAAUAGUAUCAAAGGCAAUUAUUCCGACAGUGGCCAUUGAUCCGUCCAUGUGGUAGCCUUCUGGUGUGUGUGUGUGUAGCCUUUUGAAUGAACAAGCGUACAAUCGCGUAUGAAUGAAAAUCCGGGGAGCAGGGUUCCAAGUAUAGGUUUAAUGAUGAAUCUGAGGAAGUAGACACAGACAAAAGUAGUACACCUACUAAAAGAGGACCUGCAUGGCCGUGUUUUGCAAUGCGAGUCAGGCAGAUUGACCACCAGUCUAUCAACAGGGGGGUAUGCAAAGAAGCUGUUUCAGCAGUAAAGCAGGUUAAGUUAACCCUGAUGUAGAGGUUUAAUCAUCUAAAAGAGCCUGGAUUCCUCAUUUUCUUAAAGGUGCACUGAGCAGGAACUGGUCAAAAAGGUACUGCAACUAUGCUGCUCAUUGAAACUGGGUUGCCAAAUUUGAUAUUUUCAUGAAAGUUUACGAAGUAAUAAACUAAUAUUUUCUAGUAUGACCCAAGCACAGUCAUUUUAGCAGCUAAAAAUUUCUAUUUCUUGGGAAAAAAAAUCCCAGUCAUAAUGAAUACUUAGAAUUUGAUGGUGGUGGUAAGUAUUCAUGAAAAAGGUAACAUUAGUGAAUGGGUAGCAUGAAUUGUGGAAAUAAAUAACUAAAAAUCUUAUACAGUGUACCUUUAAGGUAAAGUUGGAACAUAAAAAUAAAGUAUCCAAGGCACUCUUCAAGAACGUUAAAAUAGCUAAAUGGCACCAAUGACAUGUGAGCAGGUGACAGGUUUAUCUAUUUAACUUAGCCAGGUUUAUCACUUAACCAUGUUUUUAAGUAUACCUCGCAGGUCUACCACGUACAAUACACCUGGGGUACAUUUCUGGAAAGCGUAGUUGUUAACAGUUAGCAACUUCAUUAGUUGCCAUUGGGUAAUUGCAUUGCAACCAACAAAGUAGCUAACAUAGUUAGCAACUACGCUUUCCAGAAACGCACCCCUGAUUUGUCACUAAGUACUUGGUAAACCUCCACCCCCUGUUGUUGUACUUUGGCUAUUGAUGGGGAGGGUAACUUACAUGGUUAGGUUACUCAUUUCCUUUAGCCUUUGCUAUGUGCUCUUUUGUGUAAGUGCCUUUGUCUGUCGACCUCCCGAUUUACAGGCUUUUGCUCCUGGCCUACAUUGGAGUAUGACUGUGUUGUGUGGUUGUCUUUCACCACUGGGUUAUUAUGGUUCAUCUUGAAUUGUAUUUGCUUUUAGACUGAAGGCUUGUCAAGACAAAGUGUACCAUUUCUUAUGCAUAUAAUUUAGAGGCCUCUAUGAAAUACGGACUUUACUUUUCUUUCACGGUUUUUUUUUUCUCAAAGGAGGUUCCAUAAGGUCUCCAUGUGCAUCCUGUAAGCAAACGUGAACAAUGCACUUAAACUUUGCUGCAGGAUGUAUUUACUUAUUUUGUAAUUUAAUCAGUCUUGCAAUUAAGAGGGAUUUAAAGCCAUAAACUUUUAUAUAUCUUUAAUACAAGUUCUUCCGAGCCAGGCUCCCUCUCUUGUUCCUCAGAGAGAGCUGACUGUGUAUGAAUUUUUCUACCUCGUUCAGAGUGAAUUCAGCUGAUUGGAUGAUUGUGAUUGGGUGAUAUGAUCAUGUGUUGGAUGAUUCGGGUUGGUUUAUGUGCAUUUGUCAUUGCCUCUGUAAACUGUACUCCUGCAAUCACUUAUGUUGUUAUCUCAAAAAUAUAAUCUAUGUGAAUCUUCAAGGUAUCCUGGGGACCCUGGGACUAAACAUGCAUACACUGGUUUUAAUUUAGUUUUUCAUUUUUUAAAUGUUUCCUUACACAAUAAUGUUUAUAUUUCCAGUAUGAAUAAUACUGUAUGUUUUAAAUCUGGUCAUGCACCAGAUCACUCCUUUUAUAUUCUGUGACAAUACACGGUCCUACAAUAUCCCAUGCAUAACAUACCAUAUUGCUAAGGGACUAUUCUAUGUGAUGCUAAGGGAUAUAGGAUAUGUAAUAACAUGCCUAAUAACAAGUUGUUACAACUGUAGACUAUUUAUUUUUCUUCACUGGGCGUAUACGGUAUGUGUACUUGAACAAGGAAUCGCUGUUUCUGGGGUAAUAAUGGCAAGAUAUAGAUAAUUAUGUAUUUUUAAAGAAAUAUAUUAUGGUACAAUAUUUGUGUGAAUACAAAGGUAAUAUUUGACUUGGGAGGUUUAUAUUUAUUAUUGGAGGGGUUGAAGCUUCAGGCACUCUUGUGAACACUUAUGUUACAGAUUCUAAACAUUUCA